ACGAGUGAGGGGAAAGAGGCAAGACCACGGCUACCGCGGCGUCGACUCAACAGUAGCUGCUCAGUUAACAUCUGGACGCUGCGGGAGGAGGACGCUAGCCGCCGCGCUCCACAGGCACCAUGGACGACUCCAAAAAGAAGUGUUCAGAGGAGGCCCCGCGGCGCGCCCUCAAACCAGUCCCGCAGAUAACACUCUCAGAGGCGCCGGACAUUGACCAAAACAGCGACGAAUGCAUAGUGGUGCCGCCUUCACCUCCGCCUGAUAUCGCGGAGGAAAAGACCCCAGCAGAAAGCGAAGAUAAGAGCGAUAAGGUGAUCCCUGAUGAAAAAGAUAAAGAAAACACAGCUCCUGACAAGCCCAAAGCAGAAAGCGCGCCAAAAGUCACUGCUUCUGAUAACAAUAAGAGCAAAAAUGAUACCACGCCAAUUGUUACUGAUAAAAGUGCAAAGGAUGAUAAGGACUCGGCUCCAGUGAAGUCCUCUGAUAAGCCCAAGGAUAAGACGGAAAAGCCAGACAAGGUGGACAGUACUGCUGAUAAGCCAGAUAACAAUGUCAAAGCCAAGCCUGAGAGUUCCCCUAAGCCACCUGGAAAAGAUAGUUCUGCUGAUAAGCUUCCCGAUAAGACGGAUAGUAAAGCCAAUGAUAAGCCAGUUAAGCCAGACACCACCACCACCACCACCACCACUAAGCCAUCUGACACCACCGAUAAACCAGAUAAGCCAGCAGAUAAGAAGACUGACACCACCACCACCACCACCACCACUAAACCAACACAAACAGACACCACCACCACCACCACCACCACCAACACCACGAAACCGACGGAGAAAAAGGCAGAACCGACUCAACCCACGGAAACGACGCCGAAACCCGCUACAAACGCAAGUCAACCCGACAAAAAGGAAUCGAAUGCUACAAAAACCGACGCGAAGGAGGAUCAAGGGAAGGAAAAGGGAUCGGAGGCUACAAAACCUGUCCCUAAGGCUACUGAUGAAGGAAAGGGCGCUGCUGACGGCAAGGCGCAAGAUGGAGGAGGAGGAGGACACGAAGAAGAGGAGUCGGUGCCUUUUAACGGUGAAGAGGAGACUAUUCCCCUCAGGACGAAGGAAGUCGAGGAAAAAGAAGGAGAAGAAAAGAAAAAUAUUGUCCCAUCUCGUGUGAUAUUCGCCGUGCUGGGAUGCAUUGGGUUCAUGAUUGUGUACGGCCUCAAGGUGAACCUCAGUGUGGCCAUCAUUGCAAUGGUGAAUCACACGGCAGUAGCUCACGCUCCUUCCCACGACACCCACGAGGCAGACAACAUGACCCUUGAAGUGAGUGACGGCCACGGCAACGACUCCGAGGUGGUGGACGACUGCGGGAGGAAGAAAACCAAGGAGGCGCUGGAGGAUGGCCCCUUCGCCUGGGAUGAAAACGUGCAGGGCCUGAUCCUCGCCUCCUACUUCUACGGGUACCUCUUCACCCAGGUUCCCGGCGGCUGGGUGGCGGAAAAAUUUAGCGCCAAGCAUGUGUUCGGUGUAGGGGCGCUGAUCAAUGCUAUCUGCGCCAUCCUGUCCCCGAUCGCUGCUAAGGGUUCCUACAUCUGGCUGAUCGUCAUCAGGAUCAUCAUGGGAAUUGCUGGGGGCGUGACUCUGCCAGGGAUGCACGUCCUUAUCGCUAAGUGGGCGCCGCCGCAGGAAAGGAGUAAGAUUGCCUCAGGAGUGUACGCAGGAAUGACUCUGGGAACCCUGGUGUGUAUGCCCUUCUCUGGGUUCCUUGCGGCCUCUCUUGACUGGUCAGCUGUAUUCUACGUCCAGGGUGGCCUUUCCCUCCUCUGGUACGUUUUGUGGCUUAUCUUCGUGUACGACUCCCCUGCCCAGCACCCGCGCAUCUCUAGGGCUGAGAAGAAGUACAUUGAGGAGUCCCUGGGCACCGUUGUGAAGACUGAGAAACCUGCCGUGCCCUGGAAGAGUGUCUGGACGUCCAUGCCUGUUUGGGCCAUCAUCGUGGCUCACACCUGCAGCAACUGGGGCUGGUACAUGCUCCUCGUCAAGCUGCCUACCUACAUGCGUUACAUCCUUAAGUUUGACAUCAAGUCGAACGCCGCCCUCUCCGCCGUGCCCUUCCUGUGCAUGUGGAUCUUCACCAUGCUGCUUGCCAACAUCCUGGACGCCCUCAGGUCUCGUGGCUUCAUCACCACCACUUUUGCCAGGAAACUUGCUACCUUCUUCGCCUCCGUUCCCCCCUCCGUGUGCCUGAUUGGUGUCACCUACGUGGGCUGCAACACUGACUUAGCCGUGGCCCUUCUGACCCUUGGCACCAUGUUCGUGGGGGGCAUGUACUCUGGGUUCCUGUCCAACCAUAUUGACAUCGCGCCUCCCUUCGCUGGCACUCUCAUGGGGAUCACCAACACCUUCGCUACCCUGCCUGGCAUCAUUGUACCUUCCUUCGUGGGCUUCAUGACUCACGGCAAUCAAACCGUGGAGGCCUGGCGCACCAUCUUCUUCAUCACCCUGGCCAUUUUCCUUUUCGAGGCUAUCUUCUACACCAUCUUCGGGUCUGGAGAGCAGCAGGAGUGGUCCAAGCCGAAGCCACAGCCACAGGAAGGCGAACAGCAGAAGCUAAAUGACAUGCCUUAGAUGCAAACACUCAGGUACUCAUAGAAAACGAAGAGGAAGAAUGGGAGACUAGAAAUAAAAGGAGAUACUGAAAGACGGCGAUGGAUAUGAGGAUGAACCGCAAGAACAGAUUAUUUUUACUUCCUUCUUCUUUCAACGAGAGAGGAUUAGAAGAAAGAAGAGAUACGUGAGGUGAUAAGAGAGAGAUAGGAAGAAGAGAAGAUGAGGAAAUGAUUUAUAUUUGUUUUCUUAUCGAGAGAAGAGAAGACAGAAAGAGAAAAUGAAAAAAAAUAACUACAAUGGAGAAGGAAAUGGCAAAAAGAAGAUAAAGAAUGCCUAUAGAAAGAAAGGAGAAGAGAUAAGAGAAAAGACGCGGGAAAGGUGAAAACAGGAUAAAAUGAGAAGAGAAAAGGACAAUGAUGUGUUUCACGUGUACAUAUUCAAAAACUGAGAAAAUACACAAAAAGUUAAAAGAAGAGAAAAACGGAUUUGCUCUUGUUUCUCACCUUUCUCUCUCUCUCUCUCUCUCUCUCUCUUAGAAAGAAGAAAAUAAACCAAAAAUAAAAGAAUAAGUAAAUAAUAAACAAGACGCCCCUUGAUAAGACUCUUAAAAGAAAACGAGCUUCGGGGUUUUCUUUUAAGCUCUGACUAAUGAAUUCUGUAAUAGGAAAGUGGAAAGACACCAACGUUAUGUGUGUAAGAAAAAAAAAUAUAUAAGAAGGGAGGAAUCGAGUCAUUUAUAUGUUUACGCGUCACACACACACACACACACACACACACACACACACACACACACACACACACUAGUAUAAUAUGACACACUGAGAUAGAACAGAGAGAACACGUCACAUAACAGCGUCACACAAUGUAGUUUUGGUGAGUCCGUGUUCUGUUUUGACGAAGGAGAAUUCAAGUGACGUAAAACUAACACCACUCUAAUAUUCUCCGAGGUUUUUAUAGACAUUUCUUAAGAGUUAGCUAUUAUAUAUUUUUUUCUAUAUAUAGUUUUGAAUUUAUAUCGUGAGGCAAAACCGGAUCAGUGAUGUGCAAUUAUCAUCACUUUAAGCACGUGAGGUUUUAGAUAUUUUCAAGAGCUUUAAGACUAAUGUUCGACUAUUUUUCCAUUUUUAUCCUUGAAGGUGACGCAAGAAAUGAACGGUGUGUGAUAUAAUAGUAAUAGCGUCACCCGAAUGAUAUAUUUUUGUGUAUCCUCCAUUUCUGCUUAGUCUAGAAUUCUGAACGUAACGAAAAAGGUGAAAAAAAGACAAAAAGUGACUGGGAGUAAGUGUCACUCUAAAGCCACGAGAUAUUACACAUUUUCUAGUUAUUUUUUCGUCCCUUAGCAUUGGACUCCUCCUGUGACGCGAUCCAAGACACGUGACGCCUGCAGGACACUAUGUUGCCUUCCCUGGGGCCACUUAGCUCACCAUAACACACAAACAGACGCCACACCCUCGCUCACGCCCGCGGCAGCCCACCACACGCCACCGCAGCAGCUGGGCGGAGGCAGGGACUCAAUUAUUUCUCUAUGUAUAAGAGCAAAUUAUUUUUUAUAUUAGUUGCAGUAAAUAUAACAUAGAAAAGAAUGACUCGUACAAAGAAGUAAAGGAUGGCCCAACAAAAACACGGCGGUGGUGGGUUUGGUUAGCAGAGGUUCGGAUCCUAUUAUCAGAUCCUAUUAUGAGAUCUUACACAAGAUUCUAGGAUCUUUACGGCCCGCCCUUGCUUGUCCUUACGCCCUCACGCCCGCAGCCCCGCCCAUCCCGCCCUCAGGAAAACACUUAAUCUUAGGGUACCGAGGAAGGAAGGCAAGGCUUUACACAAUAUCAUACCCGCCUGUAGAUGAUCAAGUGUCUCCUCCAGCGUGUCUUUGUUGCUUGCUGGAUGACGUAACAUCUACUCAAGGAACGCUUUGGUGUUCCACAAGUUCAUAUCCUCCACAGUUUGUUCCUGAUUUGUUAGGAGGAUUAAAACAGUAGUGAAAGAAGUUUUGGCGUUCUGCAAGAUUGACAUCCUCUCCAGGUUGUUCCUCAGUUAAUCAGCAGGAUGGCGUAACACCUACUUAAGGAGGUGACAUCCUGAACAGUCUGUGCCUCGUGGGUGAAGGAGCAACAACGCCACGGAGUUGUCUCGAGCAGCCAGACAGUGAGAAGACCCAAGAUGUAUUAGACUAAUACAUCUUGAGAAGACCUACCUGACAAUACUAAUGACCAAAACAACUCUUCACUAAUCCAAGACCAAGCAAGUGUUCCUUAGGGCGCCCUCCCAGUGUGGCGGGCGUGGGGAGGUGCGGGCUGCGAGGUCCCGCCCCCAGGUGCUCCAUACGUAGGCCAGCCAGGAGGCGCCGCGACAGACGGACAGCGCGCCACCCUGCCUGGUUGAAGUCAUAAUAAUUCAUGUGUAUUCUGCUGCUCUCGGUGUGUCAGUGUUUGCGUGUCGUCAGCUCGCCGUCGCCGCCGCCGCUGUGUCGGUAGUUCCCGCGAGGGCCGGGCGGGGGCGGGCGGUGCGUGGGUUAGUGGGCCGCCUGCAGGUGUCCAGCCCACCAGCCAGCCAGCCAGCCCUCCCCGGCCCAGCAUCGUGACUGUAGCUGUUUCUUACUGUAAGUGUCGUAGCGUGUGACACCUGUACUAGUUAGCACACCUCUAUAUAUAUCAUGACCAUUGCCUGAAUCUAUAUUUUGUUGUAAGUUUUUAUGUGCCUGUGACUGAGGAGGCCAUGGUCGCUAACCCCGCCCCCUUGCCGCUCUGAGGAAGGCUGGGGGGCGGGGGAGGCACGAGCCCUGCUAGAUAGGUGGGGGGGAGGGAGGGGGGCGGUGUUAAGGCCUGCCGGGUUAGACGCAGAAGAGGAAGUCAGGGAAAGAUGUCAAAUACUGAGUAAUUACAAUUUUUAUUAAAAAUUGUGAUAUAGAGAAUGUAAUUAUUUUAAGGAAUUAAUAAAAUUACCUAAUGUUGUUUCAAAA